AUGUUGGACCCAUUGCCGCCUCCUCCGGGAUGGCUGCGAGACGCUGUCGACCCCUGGGCGAUCUAUUAUAACGUUCCCGCCUUAUCGGAUCAUAUUCAUGAGGUCCUGUUCUCCUUCGUGGCGUACGGGCUCAUUCAUUUCGUCCUUUCUCCGUUGCUUUCGCCGAUCCUCUUUCCGCGACACUACCCCAAGCUCAACCGGCGGACGAAGCUGAACUGGGAUGUGCAUGUUGUGUCGUUGGUGCAGAGCACCUUCAUCAAUGCACUGGCCCUCUGGGCUAUGUUUUCGGACGAAGAGCGGAAAUCGAUGAAUAUCGGUGAACGCAUCUAUGGAUACUCGGGGGUUUGUGCCAUGGUGCAAGCUUUCGCGGCGGGAUACUUUGUCUACGACUUGAUCGUUAGCUUGAUCUAUGUCCGGAUGUUCGGAAUCGGCAUGCUCUUCCAUGCUGUCAGUGCCCUGUGGGUUUUCAGCUUCGGAUACAGACCGUUUGUCAACUUUUACUCGCCCGUGUUUAUUCUCUACGAGCUCUCCAGCCCCUUCCUCAAUAUCCACUGGUUCUUGGACAAGCUCAACAUGACCGGCAGCAACCUUCAAUGGUACAAUGGCAUGAUGCUCCUCUUCAUGUUCUUCAGCUGUCGUCUCGUCUGGGGCACCUGGCAAUCCGUCCUCGUCUACCGAGACAUGUGGUACGCCCUCAAGCAAACCUGGGAUACCUCCAGCUCUAGCCCCGGGUUCCCCGUCGACAUCUCGUCGCAGGUCUUCGGUCUCCGCGACCCCACGGCCCACUGCCACGAGCUCGACGAGGUCUGCCGGAGUGCCGGCGCGGAAAUCUCCCGCUACGCCUCUCACACCGCCGGCGGGAUCCCCACCUGGUUGGUCUUGACGUACGUCGUCUCCAACGUGGUCCUCAACUCGCUGAACUACUACUGGUUCUCGAAGAUGAUCGAGACCGUCAUGAAGCGGUUCCGCGGUCCCGCGAACCCGGCUCAACCGCCGCCUGCGGCGAAGAAUGAGGAAGAGAAAACCGCUCAGCUGACGGACGACAUCGCGCAGAAGGUCGUUCUCGAUGCCGCCGCCAAGCUGGAGCAGGAGGAGGGGAGCUUAUUCCACGGCGAUGAAAUCAACGAGAAGAUCGCCUCCGCCGUGGAUACCGGGAUCACGGAUGAAUUGCGCAGGAGGAAGGCUGACGUAGCCUCUGCGUCUUAA